AUGGCUGCUGGUGCUGCCGCCGCCGUUGGCUUCCGAGGCCCUGCCAAGCGCGCAGCCUUUGGUGACGUGACCAACAUGUCCAAGAACACGGUCGGCAGCCGUGACGAUGCGAAGAUGGCUAAGCUGCAGACGGUGACGGGUGUUUCGACAGCUGCCUUGAUAAAUAAGGAGAAUGCCCCUUAUUAUGUCAACGGCAAGGACUCUUUCGCUCGCCCUGCACAAAGGUUAUCCAACGGAUUGUCGAGCAAACCCAAGGUUCUAGUCGCACCUGAUACGGGCAAAAAGUCGACUACCAGCGCUGUUCCAGAGUUGGCUGCUAUUGCCUCAACUGCCGUUGUGGCCAGCAAUCCACGCCCUGCUGGCGUUGCACGGCCCCGAGCAGCACAUGAAUCAGAUAGGGAGGUAAUUUUACCUUCUUUCCGCGGCUCUUUCGAUGUCCCUCCCUUGCAACCGCGUCAUCACAAGAGUCAGCCUCAACUGAAGCAGCAGAAUCAGCCUACGCUUCGCAGAACCCAGAGCAAGCAGUUUGAGAGAGCAGACUUUGCCUCUGGCAAGGCUGCGCGAUCUUCAGGCCCCGACUUGGUUGGUAUGCCUUCUCGGAUUGUUGAGGAGCAAACUUGCGCUGAUCUUCCGUAUACCGUUGCUCCGCGUCAGCCGAUUGAGGAAGUGAAUCACGCUGCCUCGGAAGAAUAUGUUGAACUUGCUCCUUCCAAACCUUCUCACAUCACUGAAGAGCCUCAGCACAUCCCCAUCCCCUCCAGAGAGUCACACACACAGGUACUUUCAGAAGCCGAGGAAUAUUGGGACGAGGAUGAAGAUGAAGAUUACGACGACCAGGAUCAAGCCUACACUACCGCGCAUUCCUUCCGAUCCCAAAAUCUCACCACAGGAGGCGUGACAACUAUUCUCGCUCCUCGUCUGACGUCCAAGAUCCAGCGUGAGCUGGAAGAGGCUAGGCUUGAAGUUCAACAGACUCGCUCGCUGAAUGAUAUUGAAGAGGAGAUGUGGGAUGUCAGCAUGGUUGCCGAGUAUGGAGAGGAGAUUUUCGAGUAUCUGCGUGAGCUGGAAACCGAAAUCCAGUGGUCGAUGCGUUCCGUCCUGAUGGAUUGGCUGGUCCAGGUUCACAACCGAUUCAGCUUGUUGCCCGAGACGCUGUUUCUGACUGUCAACUAUAUUGACAGAUUCCUUUCUUGCAAGAUUGUCUCGAUCGGCAAGUUGCAGCUGGUUGGCGCAACCGCCAUCCUCAUAGCCUCCAAGUACGAAGAAAUCAACUGCCCAUCUCUGGAAGAGAUUGUCUACAUGGUGGAUCGCGGCUACAGCCCCGAAGAGAUCCUCAAGGCUGAGCGUUUCAUGCUCAGCAUGCUCAGUUUCGAGCUUGGUUGGCCAGGGCCCAUGAGCUUCCUCCGUCGAGUUAGCAAGGCCGACGACUACGAUCUCGACACCCGCACGCUGGCCAAGUAUUUCCUUGAGCUGACCAUUAUGGACGAGCGGUUCGUCGCGUCGCCCCCUAGCUUCUUGGCUGCUGGAGCUCAUUGUUUAUCGCGAUUGAUUUUGAAGAAAGGCGAUUGGACCAAGGCACAUGUCCACUACUCUGGAUAUACUUGGGCCCAGUUAAAGCCUUUGGUUACAAUGAUGAUUGAGUGUUGUGAACAGCCUGCUCUACAUCACAGCGCUGUGUAUGAGAAGUACCAGGAGAAGAGAUUCAAGGAGGCCGCGACCGUCGUUCAGCACGCGCUGGAUGCCGGUUUCACUCUGCCGCAUCACUCGGCUCCCAUUCGCCCAGUGCGCGGACAGACUGACGACUUAUCAGAUAUGCUGCCGUACUCAAACAGCUUGUUGGUUUCUACCGAGGGCUAA